UCAUUCCGUGUAGUAAACCAAUCUCCGUGGCUUUUGUUCUCCCCAGCUGAAAAUGGUAUAAUCAAGUUUUUUGACCCUUCACGAGGCAAGUUCUAUUUUGAUGAGACCCCGGAGCUAAAGCGCACUUUUAUCCUCUGCAGCAAAGAUGGAUGGAUACUGUUUUCUCUAUUUGGAGGUGGACCUUUUUUAUACAAUCCCUUCACCCUGUCAAAAAUUGACCUUCCCUGUUACAGUAUUUAUCCACAUUUUUCCGUGAAAUUUGCUUUAUCGUGUGCUUCCACAUCCCCUGACUCUGUAGUUUUCGCCAUUGGACCUACUGAAGGGUUGCGCAGUCCAGGGGUUUCUAUUGGCAUUUUUCAUCCAGGAGAUGCGAAGUGGACAACUGUUAAGUACCAAAAUACUGAUGUUGCCCUAUUCCAUUGUGGGGAUGGUCCAGUUUUCUUUAAUGGGUUAUUCUAUUGUUUGAGUGAGUUUUCUGAUAAUUUGGUAGGGAUAUUUGAUCCACAGAAACAUACUUGGAGUAUCCUUCCUGUGCCUCCACCUAAUCAUCCUCAUCUGAGCUAUGGUAAAGACAGAGCUAAACACAUAGUUGAAUUCAAUGGGGAGCCUUUAUUGGUGUGCGUAUCUUAUCCUGAUAAGCCCAUUAUAUUCAAACUGGACUUGACCCAGAUGAAAUGGGUUGAAAUGGAAAGCUUGAAUGGUGUCACAGUGUUUGUCAGCUCCCAGUCUUCUCUUUCAGCAAUUGAUGUUCCAAAAAUAUCAAGGAACAGUAUCUACUUUUCGAAGCCUCGCUGCUAUGGAAAGUCUAGCAACUUAUAUUCUCUCGAUGAUUGUAGUUUCCAUCCUGUUAAGCAGCAUCAUAAAGAGCCAAGCUUUCCAAAGACUAUUUGGAUCAAACCACCUAAGAUGAGUCAUCUUUUGUUUGAAGAGCUCUACUAAAUGUUAUGCAUGUCUUUGUAAGGGAUUUCUGAAACUUCUUGGUUCUAUUUAUCUGUUUUUCCCUUUCUAGAAGGGAAAAAAUUACUGUUAAGUUUCUUCAGGUGCAUUUUUGUUGCUGUUUGUAUCAUAAAUUCAGUGAGUUGACUACUUGGUUUUUCUUUUCAAA